AUGUACACGCGCCCCGGCACCGGCGCCGGUUUUAAUGAUGGCUCGUCGUACGCGUCGUCGAGCCACUACUCGGGCCUCCCGCCGGGCCACGGUGGACUCCCCCACGGCCUGCCCGUUACUUUAUCUGCUCAUUCCUCCAUCUCUGGCGCAAAUAGAGUAGUAGAUGCCCUCGCGAGUGGAACGGUCAAGGAGCAGCGCCUCAAGUCCGCGCGCGGCCAGGACAUAGCUAUCUUCGUCGAGAUGGACGACGGCGGCGGCGACGUCUUCCUGAGCGGCCGCGUCUCGCCCCGGUUACCCGCGUCUGGUGCGCGCGUGACCUUCCGCCUGUCGCUCACAGAGGAACAUAGAUGGGUCGCGAAGAACGGCGAGUGGCUCUACGAGAGUAUGGCCUGGCCCGAGCCGGCCGACCCGCGGUUGGCGCCGCCGCGGCGCCGCCCGGGCAAGCGCGUCGACGGCGUCGUGUCCACGCGGAAGCCGUCGUCGGCGUGCUGCUGGAUCACCACUGGUGAUUUGAACGGUGGAGUGUAUUGCUUGAGCAAGUGGUGCCCCGGCGGCCAGAGCCCGCCGCUCGGCGCCAUCGUGACCUUCGAGCUCAAGCAAGGUAAAUAUGGGGACUGGCGCGUCCGUCCGCGGCGCGGAUAUCAAUUUUUCUGCUCUACGCGUGGGUGGUGUGAAGGCUGCUUACAGCAAUUUUCCUUCUUGCCAGAAAACUGCAGCCUGUCCCGCACCACACCUCGACGAGCAAGUUUAACUCGCAUCGGGGGGCUUAGAACUCACCGGUCGAUCUCCCCACAGGUCGCCCACCCGCCGGGCCUGGCCGUCGUCGGCCACGAGUCGAUCCUACUCGAGCGGACGCUGCUCGACCGGGGCACGCCGGAGAUGAUCAGCGGGCCUCAACGACCGGAACCGUUCUCGCCGCCGCCGUUGAUGACGCCGUCGAUGGCGUCGCGGUCCGUGGCGUCGCGCGACAGCCGGCGCUCGCACCACUCGUCGCGCUCCGUGCGCUCGUCGCCGGCGCCCGCCGUCUCGCUGUCGUCGCGGUCGCUGACGGCGCCGCCGCCGGUCCCCAACACCUGGAGGGGGCCGCCGCCGGCCAAGACCAGCGGCUACCUCAACAACAUCCAGGCGAACCUGGCCCAGUUGAUGGGGCGGGUCCGCGUCACCGACGCAGCGCCCGCGCCCGCCCUGGCGCCGCGCGGCCCGGCGCUCAUCGACGACGCGCCGCCGCAGCCGCGCGGGCGCCUCGGCUCGAUCGCCGCGCCGCCUGGACCCGGCUGGCUCGAACAGCCGCGGCCGCCGUCGCCGGCGCCGGCGCCCGGGUACGACACUUGGACGCCGUCGGCCUACGCGUCCGAGUGGCAGCCCGGCGAGCCGCCGCGACGCGCUUCGUGA